AUGUCAACAGAUUUUUCAGUUGAAGACAAAUUGGGAUUGUUAGAAAAUACAAUAGACUAUUUUUGGACGUAAUUUGCAGGGUACAUUCUGUAUAAUAUCGAUUAGGAUUGUGGUUUUGUUGAUGCAACUUGGAUUCGCAUUUUUAGAGGGUGGGUGUGUAAGAUAUAAAAAUAUGCAAUCGAUUAUGAUAAAAGUUUAUCUAAAUACAUGUAUUGCGGUGAUUUGCUGGUGGCUUGUAAAUUGAAUAUUAAUAUAUUAGGUUGGAUAUGGAAUUUGUAUGGGAUCUGGAAAAUUUGCUGGGACAGACUACUAUGCUGGAAGUAAUUUUGCUGGAACUAAGAAUUACUCUCAUUGGGGUACAUUAUUAUAUGCUAUCUAUAAGUUUUGUAAACGUCAGUUGGAGCUGCAGCUAAUAGUAUUGUAUCUGGAGGAGCAGUGGAAAGAAUGUCAAUUAUAGGCUAUUGCUUUUUGAGCGUAGCAUUUUCUUCGUUUAUUUACCCUAUUUGUGCUCAUUGGACUUGGGGUGGAGGUUGGCUUCAAGAUCUAGGCUACAUUGAUUUGGCUGGUAGUGGUACAAUUCACUUUAUGUCUGCAUUGGGAGCAUUGGUGUUGACAGUAAUGUUAGGAGCAAGGAAAAACAGAUGGAAUGAAAAAUAUGCAAAUGAAUUUAAUCCAAGCAAUACAACAUACAUAUGUUUAUCUACUCUCUCACUUUACACAUGUUGGAUAUUUUUCAAUGCUGGAAGUACCACUGCCUUGUCAGGUACAAUGGCUUAUGCUGCAGGAAGAGCUACAACUAAUACAAUCAUAGCAGGAGCUUCAGGAGGGUUAACAUUAAUGGUCUUACACUACUAUAAAAAUAGAAAUGAGAAGAGCAAGUUCAGUUUAGUAAUGAUAUGCAAUGGAAAUUUGGCAGGAUUGGUUGCAGUAACUGGAUCUUGCGAUGGGAUUGAAUUAUGGGCUGCCUUUGUAAUUGGAAUUUUGGGAGGAUUGACAUAUUGGGGAUUUGGAAUCUUAAUGCAUAAAUUUAAAGUUGACGAUCCAGUUGAUGCUUUCCCAAUCCAUGGAGGGUGUGGGCUAAUUGGAGCUCAAUUUCCAGGAUGGUUUAAUACUGAAAAAGGAAUAUUUUAUGGACAUGGAGCUAAGUAAUGGGGAAUUCAACUCCUAGGUACUGUAGUUUGGUUAGGAUGGUCUGUCGUAUUGCAUGCAGUUGUGAUAUUUGUAUUAAAGAUUUUGGGAUUACUCAAUGUGACUCCAGAAGUGGAAGAAAAAGGGUUGGAUUAUGCUCAAUGUGGAGGAGGGGGGUUUGAUUAUUAGUUGUUACCACCUAUCUUAAGUGCCGGUGGUUAUGAAAAUGUCAAGUCUGCCAUAAAUUAGAAGCAAAAUAAUGUCCCAUAAUUUGGAUAAGAUAAUGAUUAAUAACAAGUUCUUUGAAAAACAUUCAAAUUUUGUUAUUAAC